UGUAGAAGUAAGUGAUCCUUUGUUGAGUUAGAACGUCUAGUCUGUGAGUGCAUAGUUGACUAUAAGUGAUAAAGAUGCAUUUGUAGAACUACAUCUAUAAAAGUAAAAUCUAUUGAGGACAUACGGAAAUAAUAUUCAGUAGCAUAACUUAUUUACAUCACUGUUUUUAAUUUUAAAUUAAAAUGGCGAAAUUAUCGAGACGUGGAAACGACUCGGUGCACUGGUUCAUGAGUGAACUAACUUCUCGCGUAGUAGCCGAUACAGGGAAUACCAACGAUCGAUUCCAUUUGGGGAAAGUGAUGCUGCAGAGCUUCAAAGACGACCCUGACUUUGUGAUGAUGAUCGAUGGGGCAACAGGCGAAUCUAUUACAUACGGAGAGGUUUUGGAGAAAACGGUACGAUGUGCCAUUUCGUUUAAAAGUAUGGGACUGCAAACCGGUGACGUCAUUAUUCUCAUGGCUCCUAAUCAUGUGGAUGUAGCGAUUCCAUUUUAUGCAGCAUUUUAUCUUGGUGUCAUCGUUGCUCCAAUUGACAGGACUCUGGGUAUUUCGGAACUUCAAGGGACAUUUAGUAUAGAUAAACCCAAACUUAUAUUCUGCCAAAGCGAGAAAACGCCAGAUAUUCAAUUUGCACUUAAUGAGUUGGAUAUGGAUACGAAAAUAGUAACGUUCGACAAAGUUGACGACCUAUGCAGUUUUUCUGAGUUUCUAGAAGAAUAUGGCGAUGAUAGUCCUAUUGAAGAUUUCAAGCCAAAUGAUUUUGACCCGGAGGAGACGGUUGCACUUCUAGUAGCAACCAGUGGAACUACUGGCCUACCCAAAGCUGCAGCUGUUACACAAAAGAAUCUCUCUAUAACCAGCCCAUAUCUGUGGUGUAGAUACUACAAAUUUCCUACACCUACCCGCAUGGCGUUGGUUGGUUCUCCUCUUCAGUGGUUGACAGCUAUCAUGCACUUCAUUAUAUCUCCGAUGCUGAAGUAUACCCGAUUGCAAACUUCGCAGCAACUGACACAAGAACAUGCAUAUCACCUCAUUAAUACGUAUAGGCCAACUCACUCGAUUUUUUCACCGACAUUAAUGACGACACUUAUAAAGCCCGGAGAUAGAGAACAAUGUGACUUUACAAGUUUUGAGAAUAUUUUGCUGGGCGGUAGUGCUGUACCGCAGGAACUUAUUGAUGAAAUGAAGGCGAUAUCUCCAGACACAGAGGUACUCGACGUUUAUGGGAUGUCAGAGCUGACCAACAUUGCUUUUAAUGGUGAUAAUGCACCUCCUGGGUCCUGUGGAAAGCCUCUGGGAUGUUUUCAAUACCGGUUAGUAAAUAGUGAAACAAAUGAAGAUAUAUUGGAACCGAAUAUUCGAGGAGAAUUGUGGAUGAAAGGACCUGGGAUUUUUCAAGGCUACUAUAACAACCCUGAGGCAACAGCUGAAGUUUUUACCGAGGAUCGUUGGUUCAAAACUGGCGACCUUUUCUACAGGGACGAGAACUGGAAUUUCUUUUUUGUGGAACGAAUUAAAUUAUUACUAAAAUAUAAGAGUAAUCAGAUAUCUCCUGUAGAAGUAGAAGGUGUCAUCCGUCAACAUCCUGGUGUAAUGGACGUGGCAGUGACUGGUAUACCAGACCCUGAAUGUGGUGACUUACCAGUAGCUUGUAUUCUCCGUCGACCAGGAUAUGACGUCACUGCCGAUGAUAUUAAAGACUUGGUAAAAGAGUCGCUGUCUGAUGCAAAACAAUUGAGAGGCGGCGUGAUCUUCGUAUCAGCUAUACCAAUGACAGCAUCCACGAAAGUACAUCGACGGAAACUGAAAGAAAUGGCUCUUGAGCUUGAGAGGGAAUAAAUUUAAAAUCUCACUAUUAUUUAUAUUUAAUAUAGAGUUUAAUUAUUUUAUAGGCACUCAUAAAGUUAGAUCUACACAGCAAAAUAUUCUGUAUUAAGUAUCACAGUGAGCGCUUUUUAAUAUGCACUUAAUUUUAGUAGAAACUCAAAAGUUCCACAAGGACUUUAAAUAAU